UUCUGAUUUUAACUCCACUUCCACAUUACCUCUGUCCUCUUUCUCUCUUUUUUUUUUUUUAUACUAUUUGUCCUGUUUUCCCGUUUUUAUAUCUUUAAUAACAUAUAAUGUCAUUACUAUCAAAAAGAUCCGGUAGUGUAGAAAGGACAUCCAGAUCAUAUUCGGCCUUUUUAGGGAAAAGUAUUCAUAGGCUAUCAACAUUGGCAGCUCGACAUCCUAUUGAAAUGAUUGUGGUUAUUCUUAUGGCAGCUUCUUUUACUUACUUUUAUUUAUUUAAUUUGGCAAGAACAUCUGAAUUAUUUAUUGGUACUGCUACUCCUGCUACUCGACUUUCACCGACAACUGUAUAUUCUAUGAAUGGUGAACCUUUUCAACCUUUUGAAGAACAACAACAACAUUUAUUAUCUUCACCAACAGUCAUCAGAAUGGCUAUCAAACAAAUCCUUAUUUCUGAUCCUCAACAACACGAUAAUUCAUUGAGAGAUGAGACUAUUAUACAACAAUUUCGCCAUACAAUAGAAAACGAUAUUUAUGUCCCCGAUGCUGGCGCCAAACAGUUCAACUACCAUCACGAUUUGUGUCACAAGUUACCUAGUCACCAUUUGUCCAACAAUGAAGAUUGUUUAACUGUCAACCCUGUAUUGAUAUCCAAUGAUCUCCUACUAUCUUACAUACUCAACACUUCAACCUCUUUUAGAAAAAACUUGGUCGAUGUUUGGGAACACAAAAUUGCUACCUUACCUCCUGCUGAUUUGGUGUCAUCAACGAAUGCUUCUGGUGCUCAAGAUAAUGUAUUUGUUUGGCUCUUCAUUUUAUCUAGAAAUAUCGCUUUUCAUUUGAAGGAUCUUAUUCAUAUUGCCGAUAAUGUUGAUAUUAUUGUAGUGUUGGCUGGUUAUAUAAUGGCUAUUUCAACGGUACUUUCUCUUUAUAUGAAUAUGCGUUCUAUGGGUUCAAGAUAUACUUUGGCUACUGCAGUGAUUGUCAAUGGUCUUUUCUCUUUGAUGGUUGGCUUUUUGACUGUACAUAUGCUUGGAGUAGAAGUUCAUGCUACUGUCUUGGCUGAGGCACUUCCUUUCCUAGUGGUAACUAUCGGUUUUGAACGUCAUUUCAAAUUGACCAAAAGUGUAUUCCAAACUAGCAAGAAAUCAUCCAUUUCUAAACAAGAUAUACGACAAACUGUGGUAAAUGCUGUAGAUUCGGUUGCUCUACCUCUAUCUCGGGAUUGCUUCAUUGAAAUUACGGUACUUUGUCUCGGUGCAAAAUCUGGUAUUGGUGGUCUCCGGGAGUUCUGUCUAUUGAGUGCUAUUCUAUUAGCCUUUGAUCUCUUCUUUAUGUUUACUUGGUAUACUGCUGUCUUGGCUUUGAAAUUGGAGCUUGGAAGAAUUCGUGAAAUCAGUACGUUACAAGGAACAUCCAAACCAGGCAAGGUAGCAACUUCACCCACAACUUCGCCGACAUUAAACACAAAAUCUGUACCCACAAAAACAACACUGAUUGGAGGAACAAUGGUCAAGGCGUUUAGCAACAAUGAUGUUGGCAAAAAUGACAAAAACAAAUCGGACGACCCGAUCAUUGGCCGUAUUAAACUUUUAUUGAUUGUUGGCUUUGUUGGUAUGCAUCUCUUCAAUAUCUGUUCUACAUUUGAAUCUGGACCUCAAGUUGAUAUUACCCAACCAGGCAUCUCUGACACGUUAACUCAAGUACUCGAACAAUACAAACGAUCUGCUACCAAUUCAUCUUUACUACCUUUAAUCGUCGAAGUAUCACCUCCACUUACCUUCCACAUUGCCAAAUCUGGAUGGAAUAUUAUUCCCGAUGCCAUUGCUCAACCCAUGGCUUCCUUGUUUGAUAUUUAUGAUGUCUAUAUUCAACAUCCUGUUAUCAGCAAAUGGCUUAGUAUCGCAUUAUUUGUUUCUCUCUUUCUCAACACCUAUCUCUUCAAUGUCGCGAAACAACCAAAACAAAUUGUGGAAACACCAAUGACAACAACUUCAAUCGUGCCCAAUAAAUCUAUCACAGCUGAUAUAGAUACACUUCCUACCGACCAAUCAUCAUCAAUCGCAACUAGGAAACCACUUCAUCAUCAUCAUCAUCACCAACAUCAUUCUCAUCAUCAACAACGACGACAACACCCAUCCACUGAAAUACGCCCUUUGGAAACCUGUAUGUCUCUGAUGCAAACUCCUGAAGAAUUAUUGGAUGAAGAAGUGAUCAGUCUUGUGCAAGCUGGUAAAUUGGCUCCUUACGCUUUAGAAAAAACGCUUGGUGAUCUUGAACGUGCUGUCAAUAUCCGACGUGCUUUGAUUUCUCGUGCCUCUUUGACAAAAACAUUGGAACAUAGUGCACUACCUUUGGAAGAUUAUCAUUAUGACAAAGUGAUGGGAGCAUGUUGCGAAAAUGUGAUUGGUUAUAUGCCUAUUCCAGUGGGUAUUGCUGGUCCAAUGAACAUUGAUGGUGUGUCAAUUCAUAUUCCCAUGGCAACAACUGAAGGAUGUCUUGUGGCAUCGACAGCUCGUGGAUGCAAAGCAAUCAAUGCUGGCGGUGGUGCUUCUACGGUGGUGACAGCGGAUGGAAUGACUCGUGGACCUUGUGUGGAAUUCCCCUCUGUGGUACGUGCUGGAGAAUGCAAACGAUGGGUUGAAAAUGAAGGUAAUACCGUUAUCACUGAAGCUUUCAAUUCGACCUCCCGAUUUGCUCGAUUACGAAAACUCAAGGUAGCAUUGGCUGGCAAACUGGUGUUUAUUCGAUUCUCAACAACCACAGGUGAUGCGAUGGGUAUGAACAUGAUUUCAAAAGGAUGUGAAAAGGCUCUUGGUAUUCUUGGUGAUUAUUUCCCUGAUAUGCAAAUCAUCUCGCUCUCUGGCAACUAUUGCACGGACAAGAAACCUGCUGCCAUCAACUGGAUUGAGGGUCGUGGGAAAUCAGUGGUAGCGGAAGCAGUGAUUCCUGGUGCGAUUGUAGAAAAAGUACUCAAGACAACGGUGGCUGCGUUGGUGGAAUUGAAUAUUAGUAAGAACUUGAUUGGAUCUGCCAUGGCUGGUUCGGUAGGCGGUUUCAAUGCUCAUGCUGCUAAUAUUCUGACGGCUGUGUACCUGGCCACUGGUCAAGACCCUGCUCAAAAUGUCGAAAGUUCCAACUGCAUUACUCUAAUGAAGGCUGUCAAUGAUCAACAAGAUUUACACAUCUCAUGUACCAUGCCAAGUAUUGAAGUGGGUACUAUCGGUGGUGGUACUAUUCUUCCUCCUCAACAAUCCAUGUUGGAUAUGCUUGGUGUACGUGGUCCUCAUCCUACUGAACCUGGAAAGAAUGCUCAACGUUUGGCUCGAAUCAUCUGUGCUGCUGUGAUGGCUGGUGAACUUUCAUUAUGUGCUGCUCUUGCUGCUGGACAUUUAGUUAAGGCUCAUAUGGCUCACAAUAGAGGUAAUCCAACAACAACAGCGUCAAUUAUUCAACCAACUCCUGCUACUCCUUCAGUUUCUCCUGUUCGAUCUCCAACUGAAGAGGAAGUCGUUCCUCUUGGUACAUGUAUCAAGUCAUAGAAUAGAUUCACUCCUCCCCACUUAUUGUUGUAUAGUUUCAUCAUUUUUUUUUAUUAUUAUUAUUAUUUAUUUUUGAUUCCCCUCUUUUUUUUGCAUCAUUAGUCAUAAUAAAACUACAUACUAUUUUUACUUGAUU